AUGCCUGCUUUAUUGGCAAAAGAAGUUCAUGAAUUUAAUGAGGACUAUGAAGAACCUCAUUUUUUCUUUCUUUCAAAAGAUCUAACUGAUAAUCUUUAUCUUGAAAGAAACGAUUGCGUUUAUAAAAACACCAUUGAAAGCUUUAUUUUGAAGUUUCAAAAAGACUUUAAUGCUCAUAUUGAAAAUAAACUAAACGCGGAUAGUGGGCUUAUUUUAUUUAUGACUCAAGAACGCUCUGUUUCUUCUUCAACUUCAAAUGCUUUAUCUCGAACUUUAAGUCCAUAUUUAAGUUCUGUGAACGCGGAGGCUCUCAGUGAAUGUAUAGACGUAAUAAUCAUUGUGCAUAAUCCGUUUCCUAUCGACCUUGCUAAAAAUUUUGCUUAUUUUGCUAGACUGCCUAUGCGUCUCGUGAAAGAAAUUGCAAAUGCGGGUAGAUUUUGGGAGACCUUAAAACAUUUAAAAAUUUUUUUACUUUCCGAUAAUGAAUGGGAUACAAUGGAAGUUUUAGUAGAGAUUCUUCAGCCAUUUGCCAAAGCUACGGAUUACCUAGAAAUUAAUUAUGAUUGUCAAGACUUAUUUGACGACGCCACAGCUGAUGAAGAAGAAGAGGAGGAAACUACACACUAA